CUCUUCUCAAUGACAAGCCCGCAGAGCCUCUUCAGCGCAUCCAGUGGAAAUGACAAACCAGAGGCGCUCCACGGGCCAGCAUGUCAAAUAACAACAACACUCGUGAGCUUUAGCGACAGCAACUCAUCCGGAACUCACGACCUCGGACUCCUAACGAGGCUUCUUUUUUUGGGGGGUGGGAGGGGUGGGGGGGGUUGGUUGUGGGUCCUCGGACGCCCUCAAAAGUUGGAGCGAGCUCGCCAAAUGGACGUCCAUGGACUGGAAUAAAAGCUCCACAUCUACCGGACUGAGGGGAGAAGAAGGAGGGAAAGAAACCUCUGCAUGUUCAAGUGUCCUGCUACAACCAGAGGGGCAUCGGUGCGUGCGUGUUGGAUGUGUGCGUGGACGCGUGAGUGUGUGUGUGUGUGUGUGUGUGUGUGCGCGCCCGCAGGACCAGCAGCAGCAGCAGCAGCGAGAGCGGCGGCCGCAGGGAAGGGAAGUUUAGCGCCGUGAUUUGUCUUCUCUCUCCUCUUCGGCUGCGUUGCUUUUUCAUGUCACAACCGGGGACGGGCGGAUUAACGUUUCCCUGAUGAAAAUAAAUCAUCUGUGGACAGACUCUGUGAUCGUGACCAUGACGAUGAUGUCGAGUAAGAGCGUGGAGUGGCUGCAGGAGGAGCUGGAGUCCGGGGCCAGCUCUCUGCUGCUGCUGGACUGCAGACCCCAUGAGCUGUACGAGUCCUCGCACAUCGAGUCGGCCAUCAACCUGGCCAUCCCGGGCCUCAUGCUGCGGAGGCUGAAGAAGGGCAACCUCCCCAUCCGCUCCAUCAUCCCCAACAACGAGGACAAGGAGAAAUUCGUCAAGCGGUGCAAGACGGACGUGGUGGUUCUGUACGACGAGGCGACCCCGGAGCGGCAGGAGUCCGGGCUGGGGAGCUCCGUGCUGGGGCUGCUGCUGCAGAAGCUGCGGGACGACGGGUGCAAGGCGUUCCACCUGGAGGGGGGUUUCAACAAGUUCCAGUCGGAGUACCCCGAGCACUGCGAGACCAAUUUGGACUGCUCCUGUCCCAGCAGCUCGCCACCAGCCUCCGUCCUCGGCCUGGGAGGACUCCGCAUCAGCUCCGACUGCUCAGACGGGGAAUCCGACCGCGAGCCGGGCAGCGCCACAGAGUCGGAGGGCAGUCCGCUCCCCAACAACCAGCCAGCGUUUCCUGUCCAGAUCCUGCCGUACCUUUACCUGGGCUGUGCCAAAGACUCCACCAACCUGGAUGUGCUCAGCAAGUACAACAUCAAGUACAUCCUCAACGUGACGCCCAACCUGCCCAACAUGUUCGAACACGAAGGCGACUUCAAGUACAAACAGAUCCCCAUCUCCGAUCACUGGAGCCAGAACCUCUCUCAGUUUUUCCCCGAGGCCAUUUCAUUCAUUGACGAGGCUCGCUCCAAAAAGUGCGGCAUCCUGGUGCACUGUCUGGCCGGGAUCAGCCGCUCGGUGACCGUCACGGUGGCCUACCUGAUGCAGAAGCUCAACCUGUCACUCAACGAUGCGUACGACUUUGUCAAGCGGAAAAAGUCAAACAUUUCCCCAAACUUCAACUUCAUGGGGCAGCUCCUGGACUUCGAGCGGACGCUGGGCCUCAACAGCCCCUGUGAUAACCACUCGACCUCCCCGACGCACGACCAGCUCUUCUUCACCACCCCGACCAAUCACAACGUGUUUCAACUGGACACACUGGAGUCCAGAUGAAAAUCCGUGGGGUGACUGUUCCUUUUUUUUGGGGGGUUAAAGGUGGUGUUGUUACCGUGAUAACAAGCGGCUGCACUGGAGGGAAGCUGCCCAGUUUUAAUGAAUGUUUUAGCCUCCUGAGGCCUCGUUGUCUGAGAGCCUGGCGAAGGAGCAGCGUCGGUAGUGGGAGGUCACAGAUGCCGCGUUAAAAUGGGGACGAGGUGUUUUUUUUUACCCAGUGGGGGGAACUGACAAAUGGGUUUACAAUGGUGUCCUCCAUGGGAGUUGAUUGAAAUCGAGGGAGGAAGAGCCCCGAUCAACUUGUCUUGCCGCAAAGAACCGAGGAGACUUAACUGACUGAGCGAAGGACGCGGGGAGGACAGACAGCUUCAUACAAAGAUAGGAAAAAUCUACAGCGCUCGACUUAUGAGACAACAACAUCCUCUCUGUCUUGCUCUCGGCUCCCUGGCCGAGCUGACUGGUGCCAAGUGGAGAAUCUGGGAUUUACUUGUAGGAAAUCUCGCACAAACCAAGGAAUUAACACACACAUAAACAAAGUAUGUAAGUUCAUACUGUACUGUAUGUUUGUCAACGUACAUAGCAGAAAAUUCAGUAUGUCUUUACGCAUUUUUGUAUAUUUUUGUGUACAUUAACGCACAAAUCUGUACCUUAUAUAAAUAUAUACACAUAGAAAUCGUAUAUCUAUUCAAUCCAACAAUGGCUUAAGAGAAUGUAAAACUAAAGAAACGGUGGAGACGCCAACAAAGAGGAACGUUAUUGUGAUAUUCCGAGUUGUCUUUUUGAUUUUGAUUUUUAUUUGUAAGUUUUGUUUUCCUUCUAGGUUUGUAAUGACCUAAUGCAGUUUGCACAGUGGUGUAGCCAUUGACUUGUUGGCACUUGGAGCCCGUGCUGGAUGCACGCAGAUAAAGAGACAUUCAGAGAAGAGGAGAGGCCAGUCCCAGGCUGCGACGUGUCCCGACAGCUGCACAGUGGAGUGGGGAGGGAGCAGGAACUGGCCCCCAAGCCAAGGACGAGGUUCAGGGGUUAGAGGGUUGGGUUAGGGGCAGAGACGAGCAGCGGGCAGGAUCAGGGCAUGGGGGUUGGGUAUGGGUGAAGACAUUACAGGCCAGUUGACAUACGGCCAACUGUUUUCAAGUGCAAGUUCCUACUUCCUUCCCCGUAUGACUGUUCAUCCAGUUGCCUUACAAUAAGUACCAGUUGUCUCCACCAACUGUUUUGAUUUGUUCAGUGAGAAAGUAAACGACUGAAAUUCCUUGGUUAUUUCAUCACAUCGCAUAUUGUCUUACCGCAGUAUGAUUUUGCCAAACUGGUUUCUCACACCUCUGGUGUUUGCACUUUGAGGCAGACACUUAACCGAGAGGUCAUUUUGGGGAUGCUAAGACAGCGUUAACAUUUCUGAGCAACUUUUUGGGCAGCUUAUUUUAGCAACCUUUGGCAAGGAAGUGCCUCAACACUCUUGUAUUACCCUACUUUGUUUUGCCUAAGAGGAAGUCGUUCAAUUUGUUAGGUUCCUUUUUACCAAAAAUCAAAAAAAUAGAACUGUAGGACACAGGACUGCGAUUGUAUCCGGGUCUUGGUGUUGGUAUUAUGGUGUUAUGGACUGGGACUGGCUUCAGACUGCACUUAGCUACUUCAAUAGCUUCACGUCCCAUAACUGCAUUAGAGAAAACAGAAGGAAGGUCUUUCCGCAAAGAGAUCGUCCAUUUUGUCAAAGAAAGGUUUGUCUGAGUUGAUUCACCCUUAAGCCUUGGGUAUAUGAAAGAUAAAUUGAUAUAUACAUAUAUACAUAUACAUAUAUAUAUAUAUACAUAUAUAUAUAUAUAUAUAUAUUAUAGAGAUAAUAGUAACGAGUUGGAUAUUAUUUUGUAUACCUGAGCAUGCUGUGGUACUGUAUGCUCUAACAGUAGACGUAACCACGGCUUGGAUGUUGCUUUGCCAGGUGGGAAGAUGAAUGAUGAGGACCGUUUUUUUAACUGCUGUUGCUGCUGAACACAGCGGUACACAGCAUGUAGUUUAAAGAGUUUUCUGAGAUCCUGUCCACAUCAGAAGCACCAGAAAAAGACUGCAAAACAUGUGCAAAUGCUGCAGUAUUUCUUUCUUCAGCACUUAGACGUAUGGCGAUGUCUGUAGGUACAAUGGGCGUCAUGCAAGAACGUUUGAGUGUUCUCCUGAAUCUCUCUUACUUUCUUCUGUGAGGGAUGCUCAUACGAGUCGGAUUCAGCUUGAAACUGCACAAACAUGUUGUAAAUGGCACGUUUCAAGCUGGUUACGGCCCGCCUGUGUAUGAGGACGUGCACAUUCGUGAAUUGCGAUUGUUUCACAAUUGGCGCUUGAUAAUUGCUUUAUAAGGCUCCCUGUUCUGCUGGACACGUUUUGUUCCCAAAAAUGUUUUUGAAAAAGCAGAUUGGAAUAGCGGACGUAACAUUUAGCGUUAACGGUAGUCCAAGAAAACCGCUGUGAAAAAAAACACCACGACGCUGGAAUCGCAAAUGUUUUCAGAGUUAUGACACAAGCUCUCUCUACAGGUGUGAUGUGGACAGGGUCUUACCAGAAACAAAGAACUGGGUUUCAGAUGGGACAGUUGAUUCUGAGGGUUGGUUUUUGCUGGCCUUAUAUAAUCGUUCUAACUUGUUUAUAAUGGUGACUGUUCAAUACUUUGUAUCUUACUUUAGAAAAACAUUGUGUAAAAAGGAAAAAAAAUGAAACUUUUGUUUAUCUGUUAUUUGAAUCAGAACAUGGUAAUAAUAGAUGGAGAGAUUCUUUUUUUUUCCUUCUUUUUUUACCAUAUA